AUGCGACAGUCGAUCUCACAGGAUUUUGAAAAAGAGACUGCUAUGGCUGAAGAACUCAGUGAAGAACUCAUACUGGAAAUUCUGUCAUGGCUUCCUGUGACGAGUCUCAUCAGAUUCAGGUCUUCCAGAAACCUAGAAUUCCUCCUCUCACUGGUGACACAUAGAUUGAAGAGGAAACUUUUCUUGCCUGGUAUAGGAUCUUCACCUUUCAUAGCUCGUUUUGGCUCUUUACCAUUUUUAAUCCAAAACCCUGCACCCUUUCUUGAUCGUAUCUUGCGAUGCCCCGAACACUAUAAUUAUGUAAUCGGUUCUUGCAAUGGUUUGCUUUCUCUACAUGACUCUCUUUACACAAAUGAGUACGAAGAGCAUUGGGUGUGCUUUUGGAACCCUGCAACCAAAAUUUGCUCCAGACCUUCACCAAGAUUGCGUCUCAAUUUCGGCUUUGUUUUACCAGAUGGUCUCGUCGCUGGUGUUAUCUAUAAUGUGAAUUUUGGGUUUGUGUACGAUGAUUGGAGGGACAGUUACAAGGUGCUGGCAAUGGUUAGUGAUCCGAGUACAUAUCAAACGAGUGUGUGGGUUUACAGCAUGAAUGACAUAUGUUGGAGACGUUCUUCAAUGAUCUCUAUGGGUUUUAGCACUUUAGACCAUAAUGGAUGCUUUGUGAAUGACACUGUUAACUGGAUAGGACAUCCUUUCAAAGAAGAAUGGGACCGCAAACAAAAAAUAUUUUCAUAUGAUCUAAAUAACGAUACUUGCAUAUGUUUGUCGCUGCCUAAACUCGUCCCCUAUGAUCGUGGUUAUGCUAGUAUGAGUGUUUGGAAUGGUUAUCUUUGUAUUUUUUUAAGUAUGUUAGAAAGCUUGGCUGUAUUGGCAUCGAGGGACGUUCGAGACGAAACAUCUUGGAGUCGGUUGAUAAGUGUAAGUUACGAAACUCUGUGUAAGUUACGAAACUCUGAAUGUCUGUGUUGA